CUGUUCUCGCGCGGAGGGAGCACCGUCACGAUUACGCAGUGGCCGAUAGAGGCUGCUCGUUCAGCAGGCGCCAGUCUCCGAACGACUCUCACCGCCCGCUGCUGCUUUCUCUUUCUCCUCACCAUCAUCCUCACCCCCAGCCCCCUCCAGAUACUAUGAGCACCCGCCCGCGCGCAAUGUCGGGGACCAUCCCCUCCAUGGAGUCCUCUCACGAGGAGCUCAAGGACAACACCAUUAUCAUCGUCUUGGGUGCAUCUGGAGAUCUCGCAAAGAAGAAAACAUAUCCCGCCUUGUUCGGGCUUUACAAGAAUGGCUUCCUGCCCCGUGGUGUCCACAUCGUGGGCUAUGCGCGGACGAAGAUGGACGAUGCUGAGUACCACAAGCGUAUCACCUCGUACAUCAAGGUCCACGAGGGCGAUGCGGAAGCGGCUUCGAAGCUCGAAGAGUUCAAGAGGUUGUCCUCGUACAUCUCCGGUGGCUACGAGGAUUCUCCGUCCUUCGGGAACCUCAACAAAACCCUUGAGAAGAUCGAGUCGGGCUACCAGAGCAAGGAGCGUCACCGGCUUUUCUACCUCGCUCUCCCGCCGAGUGUCUUCAUCCCGGUCGCACAGCACCUGAAGGAACAGUGCUAUGUGACGCCCGAUGUGGGCAAGUGCCGCAUGAUCGUCGAGAAGCCGUUUGGAAAGGAUCUCGACUCCUCCCGAGUGCUCCUCGGCUCGCUGAAGCAGCACUGGACUGAGGACGAGACGUUCCGGAUUGACCACUACCUCGGCAAGGAGAUGACCAAGAACUUGCUCGUGCUCCGUUUUGCGAACAUCGCCUUCAGCUCGUUCUGGGACAAGCACUCGAUCAGCAACGUCCAGAUCACCUUCAAGGAGCCCUUCGGUACUGAAGGCCGUGGCGGUUACUUCGAUGAGUUCGGUAUCAUUCGUGACAUCCUCCAGAACCACUUGCUGCAGGUGCUGAGCAUCCUCACGAUGGAGCGUCCUGUGUCGUUCGCAGCAGAGGACAUCCGUGAUGAGAAGGUCAAGGUCCUCCGCUGCAUCCCGCCCAUCGAGCGCAGCGACACGCUGCUCGGCCAGUACGUCGCUGCGAACGGCAAGCCCGGCUACCUCGAUGACGACACCGUCCCGCACAACUCGGUGUGCCCCACCUACGCGGCGACGACCCUCUGGAUCCACAACCCCCGCUGGGAGGGCGUUCCGUUCAUCCUGAAGGCCGGAAAGGCCCUCAACGAAGCGAAGGUCGAGGUCCGGAUACAGUUUAAGGACGUUACGCAGGGUAUCUUCAAGGACAUCUCGCGUAACGAGCUCGUCAUCCGCAUCCAGCCCUCCGAGGCGGUCUACCUCAAGCUCAACACGAAGACGCCCGGCCUGCACACGCGUGCGAUUCCGACGGAGAUGGACCUCACGUACAAGCGCCGCUUCCUGGACGCGAAGAUCCCCGAGGCGUACGAGUCGCUCAUCCUCGACGCGCUCAAGGGCGACCACUCGAACUUCGUCCGCGACGAUGAACUAGACGUUGCUUGGAAGAUCUUCACGCCCAUCCUGCACUGGAUCGACGGGCGGAGCGGUGCCCCGCCCAAGCCCGUCGCCUACCCCUACGGCUCGCGGGGUCCCAAGGAGCUCGACCCGUUCAUCUCCAAGUACGGCUACAAGCGCACCGUCGCGGAAUAUCCCCAGCGAGUGGCCGGUCACGAAUCUCGCGUCACUAUAAACGCAGUGCGGCGCGUGUGCUGCGUCGUUGCGUGAGUGAGGGACGCUGAACGGGAAGAACAUAGUCAAGGAUAUGUAUUACAAGUGCAAGUAUCCC